UGCAGAACAUAAAACAGAAUGUAAAGACUUCUACUUACAUUAAACAGUUUUUUAUAUAAUUAAAAACCAAUCCGCUCUAAGCUAUUUAGACUAAUUGGCUAACGACGAAAUGUUCAGACUGAGAACCGAUUCGACUGAUUCAAUGAUCCGACUCUUAAAAAUGAUUCACGAAACUGUCAUCACGUAUUUAUAGCUGCUUCUGCACCGAAAACUGUUGCGCUUAAUAGGUUACAUAAACGACAGAAAAAACAAUUAUCGUCUAAAGCAUUUUGUUAUUGAGGGUGUUGUGACUAAGCGACGCCUGUUAUGGAUCAGAAAUGAACUAUGAGCUGCCAUAAAUAGCUUGCUAAAGGACGAGCCGAAAUACGGACAAGGACUUUUCAAAAUGACAAAAGAAGAUGAAAACCCUGAGUGGGUUGGUGGUCAGGAAUUUUACGACAAAUAUGAACCAAAGGAGAUAUUAGGACGAGGUGUGAGCAGCGUGGUUCGCAGAUGUGUGGACAAACGGACUGGCCAGGCAUAUGCGGUAAAGAUCAUAGACAUCACACCAUCGGACAAAAUGACUCCUCAAGAGAUACAGGAAAUCCAGCAGGCCACUGUAAAAGAGAUCGACAUUCUCCGAAAAGUAUCCGGACAAAAAAACAUAAUUCAGCUGAAGGAUUGCUUUGAAUCAAAGGCCUUCUUCUUUUUGGUGUUUGAUCUGAUGAAGAGAGGAGAACUGUUUGAUUACCUCACAGAGAAAGUCACUCUAAGUGAGAAAGAGACACGAAAGAUUAUGCGAGCUCUCCUGGAGGUGGUUGACUAUCUUCACACUCACAAUAUAGUCCACCGUGACCUGAAACCAGAGAACAUUCUUUUAGAUGAUGAUGUGAAUAUCAAACUCACUGAUUUUGGCUUCUCGAUCCAGACUGAGCCUGGACAAAGACUGAAUGAGGUUUGCGGGACACCAGGAUACUUGGCUCCAGAAAUCAUUGAGUGCUCCAUGGAUCCCAAUCAUGCUGGUUAUGGGACUGCUGUUGACAUUUGGAGCGCAGGCGUGAUCUUCUACACUCUUUUGGCUGGAUCUCCACCUUUCUGGCACAGAAAACAAAUGCUGAUGCUUCGAAUGAUUCUUGCAGGAAAAUACGAAUUCAGUUCUCCGGAGUGGGAUGACCGCUCAGACACCGUCAAAGACUUGAUUUCCAGGCUAUUGGUUGUAGACCCACAAAGUCGUUACACAGCCACAGAAGCCCUAAAUCACCCGUUCUUCCAGCAGUACGUGGUUGCAGAAGUACGUCAUUUCAGCCCUUACAGGAAGUUCAAGGUUAUUUGUAUGACCGUACUUGCUGCCAUGCGUAUCUACUGCAACUAUCGUCGUGCCAAACCUGUCACCAAAGAGGUGAUCCGCAGUGACCCGUAUGCCAUCAAACCUCUACGCAAGAUGAUCGACGCAUGUGCCUUCAAGAUCUACGGCCACUGGGUGAAGAAAGGGCAAACUCAGAACAGAGCAGCUCUAUUUGAGAACACUCCAAAAGUCAUUCUGCUCUCCCUUGCUGCUGAGGAGAUGAAUGUUUCAACCAGGACUUGGUGAGGGUUCGUCUUCGAAUAAUCCCAGAUACCAGAACGUACCUCAAGAACCUGUUGAUGGUCCAAAAAAAAGACCUCUACGGCAAUGACAUAUUAUUUACCAUCUUAUUUACACAGCGAAAAGGAAAUCAUGCUGUUAAAAAUGUACAACCGAGACCUGAACUAUUUAAUGUGUGGUAUCAUUUAAUACAUUUAUAUUCUAUUUAAAAUAUAUGAUGUUAUUUAAAUUUUACAUUUAAAUGAUUUUAUUGACUAUAAAGAAAAACUAAAAAAAAUAAAGAAAUAGAGAUAG